AUGUCUGAGGCACUGAUUACCAUGAGCUAUCAAUUUGACAAGUUCAUCAUUCGCCUGGGCACUGUUCAUCGGACUAAGAACGAGACCACAGCCUGGGUCAUUGCCGCCCACUGGGCUGUAGCCCACCCGGACCACGAAACGGAGGCCUAUUCGAGUCAUGACGUGGCUGUAAUAUUUCUGCCCAAGAAAGCUCCUCUCAGCAGUUUCAUUGAGCUGAUCACGUUACCUUCCUUCAGCGAGGUCAAUGACACCUUCGUAGGAAAAACUGCCUUGCUCAGUGGCUGGGGAAGAACAGGUGACGGCGGAUCCAUUCCUGACACUCUUCAGUAUGCUGAGUUGACGGUUGUUCCCAAUUCAGUAUGCGAGGAGGGCUACGGACCAGGUUUCGUUCUUGAAAGUACGCUGUGUGCCGGAAACAAGUUCAAAGGCAUCUGCCUCGUGAGUAAAAAGUGUGGUCUACCACGACAACUUACAAUCAACAUCAUAUUGUGUGACUUUCCAUAA